AAUACACAUGGAUGUAAAUACGGAAAUGAAAAUGAGGUUAGUCGACUUAAAUUAACAUUCCCUCAUACUAAACGUCAGAAUAAGAUAUUGACAAUGGGAAUACAAUUUUGGAUUCAACGUUAAGGCAAAAACAGCUUUGCUACGUUAAGAUUUAUGUUUGGUCACGUGAUUGGGGUCAAAAGUUUCGCGGGAAACAACAUGGCGAGCGAGAUGUCAUCCCCUACCCUGGACGCUGUGCAAUGUCCCGUCUGUUUGAAAGACUUUAAACCUGGCACAAUUAACAGACACCUCGACGUGUGUCUGCUGAAAAGCGUUGCUGGCAGCAGUCCAUCGACAACAGAAGAAAGCGAGCCUCCUUUGAAGAAAUCUCGCAUUAGUGCAGAGGCUGAGCCACCCAGCAGCACUGUGUCCAGCCCUACCUCCAUGGCUAGUGUGACUUCAUCUGUGUUUUCUCUCUUUCAGACCAACAAGAGUAAAGUUUUAGCCCCAGGUGAACGGAACGGGUUAUUAUCAAGUAAACAAUCUCCUGCCAGUGCUGUCAACAAGGGGGUUAAACGUAGUUUGCUGGGCGAGGCAGAACCAGGACCAGCAGCAGGUACAGAGAUUAUGAAAUCCUCUGGAUUAAACGGACAUGCUUCGAAGACAUCCACUGAUUUGUCACCACGGAAACUGUUCACGAUUAACAAGCCUCUGGCAGAGAUACUGAGACCAAACACACUGGAGGAAUACUUCGGUCAGAGUAAAGUUGUGGGCCAGCAAACACUACUCCGCUCACUGCUGGACUCCCAGGAAAUCCCGUCACUGAUCCUCUGGGGACCACCGGGAUGCGGAAAGACCACUCUGGCUCACAUAAUUGCCAGCGGCAGUAAAAAGAAGGGAACAGCUCGCUUUGUCACUCUGUCUGCCACCAGCACGUCCACCAAUGAAGUCCGAGAGGUGAUAAAGCAGGCGCAGAAUGAGCUACGGCUGUGCAAGAGGAAGACCAUACUGUUCAUUGAUGAAAUUCACCGCUUCAACAAAUCACAACAGGACACCUUCCUUCCUCAUGUGGAGUGCGGGACGCUGACUCUGAUCGGGGCCACCACAGAAAACCCGUCCUUCCAGGUGAACGCUGCCCUGCUGAGCAGGUGCAGGGUGCUGGUUCUGGAGAAACUCUCUGUGGAGGCAAUGGGCUCCAUUCUGGACAGGGCUGUGGCCACAUUAGGGAUUAAAGUCCUGUCAGAAGAUCAGGCAAUUCCCCAAGAUCAGCACCAAUCAGAUGAGCCAAAGAUUUUCAUCGAACAAAAGGCUCUGGACACAGUCGCCUACCUUUGUGACGGAGACGCAAGAGCAGGACUCAACGGUCUUCAGCUGGCUGUUCAGGCUCGGGUGAGCUCAGCCCGGCCCGACCCAUCAGGACAGGACCAUUCUCAGGUACUGGUCAAGGAGGAGCACAUCAAGGAGGGUCUUCAGAGGUCCCAUAUUCUCUAUGAUAGAGCUGGUGAGGAGCAUUACAACUGCAUCUCAGCGUUACAUAAGUCUAUGAGAGGCUCCGAUGAGAACGCAGCUCUGUACUGGCUGGGCCGCAUGCUGGAGGGCGGAGAGGAUCCUCUCUACGUGGCCCGCAGACUGGUCCGCUUUGCCAGCGAGGACGUGGGUAUGGCAGACCCCGCUGCUCUUCCUCCAGUGUCAGUCUUUCAAGCCUGUCACUUUAUCGGGAUGCCUGAAUGUGAGGUGAUCAUGGCUCAGUGUGUAAUCUAUCUGGCACGAGCACCCAAGUCUGUUGAUGUCUACAAGGCCUAUGCUAAUGUAAAAGCUUGUUUGAGGAACCACAAAGGGCCCCUGCCUUCUGUCCCCCUGCAUCUUCGCAACGCCCCAACCAGACUGAUGAAACAACUGGGCUACGCUAAAGGCUACAAGUAUAACCCAUCCUUCAGCGGCCCUGUGGAGCAGAAGUACUUACCUGACGAGCUGCAGGGAAUCAACUUCUUCACCUGGACGCCUUCAGACCUGUGAAGCUCUGCUGCUACAGUGUGAUGUGAAAGAAAAAAAAAAUCUGCUGAAUGAAAACAAUCCCAUCAAAUAAUCACUUGUUGGGAUAUCAUUGUUAUGUUAUUACUAAUUCAAAGAUAAGGUAGGGACUCUUAAAGUGUUUUUUUUUGUUGGUUAUUUGCAAAUUUAAAGAAUACUUUACCAUCAAUCAGUCAGUUAACCGUCAUGUUGUAUUUCAGUUCCUGUUCAUGUUAUCUACAUUAUUACGUAAACCCUAACCAUACUAAUUGACUUACUUAGUCCUUAGUAUGUUAAAAUAAAUACAAAUAACAUACACAGUGUUUUUUUCCCCCAUAAUCAAAUGUUUGCUUUGGUCUAUAUGUGUGUUAGUUAAUCUUCAUCCUGUUUUUGUGGCACUAAAACAAAGUGUUAAUCCGAUGUUCAUGUAGGUUAUCUUUAUGGCAUGAAUAUAUAUUUGUUUAUAAUCUGUAUAUAUUUUGAUAAAAAACAAGACAAAUACAAUAUUAAAAUUUCAAAGUAUA